AAAACUGGAAAAGACUGGCUAAGAUAGAGAAAGAGCAAUGCCGGUUACAAAAUUCAGGGGAGUUGAGUUUAGAGGAGUAUAAGGUCCAACUUCAAAAUAAAAAAGAUGAAAUAUGAGAAAAACAAAGCCAGUACAAAAUGACAGAAACAAUGGACAGCUUAAUAAAGGCAUUGUCAACCUCUGAUGAUAUCGAGCGAGCCUUUUUUCUCAGACUAAAGCUGGACAUGAGAUCACGCAAACAAAUGUCAGAAUUUCGAUACAAAUACAGACAAUAUGAACAAAAUAAAGACAGAGAUGCUUUAGGCAGAUUAGACCAGGACCGUCUUGAUUGUUCUCUUGGCAUAGAGCAUUACAUGAGAGGAAUAGGACAAAUCUAUGAAACUGCUUCAUUUGGAUCAAACAAAAUAUCUGAUAAAAUUAGCAGUCUUCCUACUCUGGCUGCCAAAAUGCUGGGUUUCCUCUUGAGAUACUUGAUGGAGAUGCAUCAAAUAUCCCAGAGAAAUGGGUGAGUGAUGUUCUCAUGGAGCUUCACAGGAUGGUUGGGGGGAAGAGCCGUUUGCUCAUAAUAACUGUGUUAGGGGUUCAGAGUUCUGGUAAAUCAACACUGCUCAACACUAUGUUUGGAGUUCAGUUUGCAGUAAGUAGUGGACGAUGCACACGUGGAGCAUUCAUGAUUUUCCUUCCUGUGGGUGAAGACUUGAAGGAAGAGUUACUUUGUGACUUUGUCCUUCUGAUUGAUACAGAGGGUUUGAAAUCACCAGCACUGGCACAACUGGAGGACAGUUAUGAGCAUGACAACGAAUUGGCCACAUUUGUGAUUGGUCUUAGUGAUGUAACCAUCAUCAAUAUAGCAAUGGAAAAUUCCACAGAGAUGAAGGACGUCUUGCAGAUAGCAGUUCAUGCUUUUUUACGGAUGAAGGAAGUUGGUAAAAAAUUUUUUUGCUAUUUUGUUCACCAAAUUGUUCCCAGUGUGUCAGCACAUGAGAAAAACAUGACAGACAGAAAAAAGCUCCUGGACCAGUUAAAUGAGAUGACAGUGAUUGCAGCUGAAAUGGAAAAGCAACAUCAUGUGAAGAAAUUCACUGAUGUUUUGGAUUAUGAUGUGGAAAAGAAUAGCUGGUAUAUACCAGGCCUAUGGCAUGAUACUCCACCAAUGGCUUCAGUUAAUACAGGCUACAGUGUGGCUGUUCUUGAUUUUAAGAAAAACCUCUUGGAAAUGCUUACCAAAAGAACAGAUAAACAACCUGUCCAGAUCCCAGAGUUCCUGCAAUGGACAAGUAGCUUGUGGAAGGCAGUGAAGUUUGAGAAUUUCGUCUUUAGUUUCAGAAACACUCUUGUGGCCCAUGCCUAUGAGAACCUUUGCAAAGAGUUUUCAGACUGGGAGUGGUCUUUCAGAAGACAUAUCUUCUCUUUGAUUUCGAGUGCAGAGGUUAAACUAUCUAAUGCUGAAAAAAAUUCUGUUGAAGAAGUUGCUGAAACACUAAAGAAAAACUUACACAAAGAGAUUGCAGAUCAAACCAGAUUAAUAACUGAAAAACUGAAAGACUACUAUAAACAGAGAGACCAUUAUGUGCAUUUGGUGGAAAAGUACAAAACUGAUUUUACUAAAAGCAUUAAAUCUCUGCAGUGUGAAAUUACAGAUGAAGUGAGAAAGAGAUUGGAAGCUCUUCUUGAGAAGAGAAGAAACAAGGAGAAAGUAGAAGACAUACAAAAUAAGCAAUCUGAUGUAAUUAAACACAAAAUCCUGCAACUACUUCAGAACUACAAAGGUCGCAAAGAUGAGGUGUCUGACGAGGAUCUCAAAGCAGAUUUUGAAAGCAUGUGGAGUCGUGAGGUGGAAAAUGUCACUGGUCUUACAGCAAAAGAUGUUCCUCAUGAUGUUUUCAAGUUUCGUUCAAGUUUUGGACAUCGUAACGUCACACAAUAUUUGCAGACAAUUAGGAAUAUGACAGAAUAUGGGCAAGAACAGUUCAAGGCCAAGAAAGAACAUGUGAAAUUGGGAAAAUUAAAAGGUUUACUAUAUGCACACCGUAGUACAAGGCAGGAUCUACAGAUCAUUGCAGUUGAUGUCAUUACCAUUUGCAACAGGAUGAUUGAACAGUUCACACAAUCCAAAGGUGAUUACCAAACUACAUUUACAAAAGAUCUGCUUGAUGAAAUUGAUGAACAUCUCAAAAAAGCAGGCACCAAAUACACUACCAUAUUUGAAUUUGAUCUGAAAUUGCACAUUUGUGGCAUUGCCUCUCGGAAAUUCACAGAGAUGCACAGGAAGUAUCUCGCUGAGCAAGAUCCAUUAAAACAUUUACAGAAACUUAAGGGUGAAUAUCUUUCUGAUUUUAUUGAUUUAUACAGAGAGAGGAACCAAUAGAGGCCAAUAGAAAGCACCAGAUUUCACAAACAUGCAGAAAUAGACACAUCAACCUGUCCCUCUGACUGUAUUGUUGAUGCAGAAUGGUAUGCAGAAGUAUAUAGAACUUCACUGACCUUGCAAAGUAUAUUUUGCUAUUACUAGAAUUAUGUCAAAAAUUGAAUGCUGCUUCAAAGACAUAUCUUUACAAGAAUUGAAAAUACAGAAUUUGGAUAGUGUCAUUAACAUCUGUACUUGACCCCGGUGGAUCUCCUUGGCCCAAAAAAUCAGAAGGUACCACAGUUAUGAUCCAGAAUCUUUGCCAAGCAAUCGCAAAUCUUUGUGAUUUCAACAGUCGUAACCCAGUAGAUAAUGUCCUGUUUCAGAACACAAGC